AUGAUUGAUGAUCAGGACUUGGGGUUUAUAGUCAAUUUCCUUGGCAUCUUCAUCUUCGCAUUGGUUAUUGCGUAUCAUUACGUAGCUGCUGAUCCCAAAUACGAAGCCACUUGAGUGAAUUGUAUCUUUAGAUUAUGUAAGGCUUUUUAGUUUAUAGUAUCUGUUUCAAACUGUGACAAGAGAACAACAACAGUCUUUUUGUUUAGAAUGAAAAUGUUGUCAAGAUGUUCCUCCUAA